AGUGUGCUGAUUGGAUACACUCGCCUUCCAUCAUGACAGCGCCACAGCCCUCCACGACAACCGGUGAAGGACCUACUGCUAUCGCCCCUGUGGUCACUCCUGAUUCUACGCCAUCACCGGUGGAGAGGAGCACUGUCCCGCUGGUAUCUUCCUCUUCGUCAUCGAUAAGCUCCCAAUCUGGUCCGUUAAUGAUUGGUAUUGCCGGAGGGACGGCGAGCGGCAAGACCGAGAUCGCCAUGGAGAUUGCAUCACAGCUCAACCUACACGAAGAUUUGGAGGUCAUCCAUCAGUCCUCCUUCUACAAGGAUGCUAGGGCGUAUCCUGAGGUCAACGAUGAGAACUACAACUUCGAUCAUCCUGAUGCGUUCGACUAUGAUUUGAUGAUAAGGACGUUGUUGGACCUCAAGAAGGGAUUAAACGUCUUCAUCCCUCACUACGAUAUGCGGUCAAGGCUCCGCAACGACAGGGCUCGGAAGGUCUCGGGAGUCCACGUAGUAAUCUUCGAAGGGAUCUUUGCGAUCUAUUGGGAGGCAGUCAGAGACCUCCUCGACCUGCGGUUGUUCAUUCAUUGUGAUGAUGAUACUAGGCUGGCAAGACGCCUCGUCCGUGAUGUUAGAGGGAUGGGGGAGAGUGUAGACUCUGUCAUUUCCAAGUACUUAAGUACUAUAAAGCUGUCCCAUGAGCGCUACCUCAAGCCAUGUAUGAAAUAUGCCGACCUCAUCAUACCAGAUGGUGUCGAGAACGUUAUAGCACUCCAGGCCAUAGUACAGGUCAUCCGCCUCCAGCUCAUGGCUAGAGGCCUCCUCAGCUUUCAUAGAACUCUAGCAGAUGUGGGCCUGCAUGAUGACGAACCACAGUACAUGAUACACGAGUUGAAGUCUAGUGAUGAAGUGGGAUACAUCACUCGUGUGCUGCGGAAGCCUCGAGAGCUCCGUAGAGAGUCCCUCCUCUUCUACUGUGACCGUCUGAGUUACCUAAUCGUCCGAUAUAUUGACGGCAUUAUGUUUGCUGGGGAGCCUCCUGCCCCCGACCACAGUGAAUCGGUGGUCUACGCCUCUCUGAUUGGGUAUGGAGACGUAAUGGAGUCUGGUGUGAAGCAACACGAUAGGCUGUGUAGUUUUGGUAAGCUGACAGUCCCUCGAGCCCUACUCACGGCUCGACGCCACUUCCUCGCCUCGGGUUCCCUAGCCCCACACAGUGUGCUCCUCGGCGGAGGAUCCCCAACCUCGAGUGCAGCGGCUGGCAGUGAAUGUAAUCUGCAAACUGGUGCCACACCCAAGUUGGCUGAGCCUACUCCACUACACCUUCCUGGGGCAGUGGUCACGGAUGGUAGUCCAUGUUGCUCACCAGUGAGAAGCAACGGUGCUCUGGAUGGCUCUUCAAGCAUGAGUUUCGUGUCGGGUCCCCCUCUGGUCGAGGUGGUCUAUUUGCCGACCAAGGCUCAGAACAGCAUUGUGGUUAUUUUGAUGGCGGUUCUGGCUGAUCAAGAGCUCGCUGUUGCGGCUGUGAGGGCGCUGCAGGCUCAGGGUGUCUCCCCCUCGAGAAUCAUUAUAGCCUGCAUGUUCGCUGAUGCCGAGAUGUGUAAGAGCACUCUGAGGGCUAUUGGAGGCGCCGUACAGGUUGUCGUCGGCAGCCUGGAGGUGACCAAUAACGUAGUAGAGCUUCGAGGCCUCGAACGGGACCUAUGCACACGUUACUUGGGCAUGACUGAUUGACGUUGGUCAUCAUACGCCUUCGUGGGUCAAAAGCCUUGAUGAUCGCGUACUCGUAUCAUCUCUACUUCUCUGUCUCUCUACC